AGCACGCGGUGCGCAGACUCCGGCGGGCGGUGAUCAUUGGUCAGUGGCACAUUCGCUGCUCUGUGGAAGUUGGUCGUAUUCAACAGUGUGGAGUGAAGUGACGUGGAGAACUAUAGACAUGACAAUCAGAUGUCCUCUAAAACUUCACCAACUGUGGGAAGAGUUGUGACCACAUCUUCGCAUAUGCCGCGGUAGCGGGUUUAACACCGGUGACCUCACGUUUUCGGAUUCAACUUUGACGAAGCAAGUUUUUCAUCCGAAGAACAACAAGGCGCUCAUCGGCUAGCUCAUUAGCAACCAGGAACAGCCUCUGCCGUACCGAUGGCUAUCUAAAGUCAGCGUCAUGCAAGUCAAACAUCGUAUUAUCAGCGGAACCUAAACAUGAAAAGGAUUAAGAAAGACUCGAUUGACCGCCGUUGACGUUUACGGAAACCGCAGUAGUUAGCUUGCUAUUAUUAGCCCGUCGACUGAGCAGGGGAAAUAUCCGAGCGAACUGUCAAAAUGUGCUCCCUGCUCCGAGGUGAAGAGAUGUGUCUGGCCCAGCUGUUUCUACAGUCCGGGUCAGCGUACGACUGCAUCAGUGAAGUUGGAGAGCUUGGGCUUGUGGAGUUCAGAGACCUCAAUCCCAGCGUGAACGCGUUCCAACGAAAACAUGUCAACGAGAUCAAAAGAUGCGAAGAGAUGGAGAGGAUCCUUGGAUACCUUCUGAGGGAAAUCAAGAAAGCAGACAUUUCACUGCCAGAAGGAGAUGUGAACCCAGUGGCUCCUUUACCCAAGCACGUCAUGGCUAUAAUGGAGCAGCUACAGAGGCUAGAAGUGGAGUUAGGUGAAGUCACCAGGAAUAAAGAGAAGCUGCAGAGGAAUCUGCUGGAGCUGAUAGAGUACACACACAUGCUGCGCAUCACCCGCAACUUUGUACAGAGAACUUCCGAGCGAGAGCCCCUACAAGGACAGUAUGAGGAGUUUCCCUUCCUAGAGAAAGACACAAUGAUGGACUACAGCAGCAUGCAGAGGCUAGGCGCCAAACUGGGUUUCAUCUCUGGGCUCAUUCAGAGGGUGAAGAUCGAGGCCUUUGAGCGGAUGCUUUGGAGAGUCUGUAAAGGCUACACCAUCCUCAGCUAUGCUGAGGUCGAGGAGUAUCUGGAAGAUCCUGACACGGGGGAGCCUAUCAAAAGUGUGGUGUUCCUGAUCUCUUACUGGGGAGACCAGAUUGGCCAGAAAGUGAAGAAGAUUUGUGACUGCUACCACUGUCACUUGUAUCCCUAUCCCAGUAGCAAUGAGGAGAGGAAUGAUGUUGUGGAAGGACUAAGAACUCGAAUUCAGGACCUGCACACAGUACUUCACAGGACAGAGGACUACCUGAGACAGGUCCUGAUUAAGGCCUCAGAAUCCGUCUACACCUGGGUCAUCCAGGUCAAGAAGAUGAAGGCCAUCUACUAUAUUCUGAACCUGUGUAGUUUUGAUGUUACUAACAAGUGUCUGAUUGCUGAGGUGUGGUGUCCUGUCAAUGACAUUCCCACCCUGCGGAGGGCUCUAGAAGGAGGCUCGAGAAAAAGCGGAGCAACAGUUCCUUCCUUUGUUAAUCGUAUCCCCACCAAUGACACUCCCCCCACCCUUAUAAGGACCAACAAAUUUACCUCUGGCUUCCAGAACAUUGUGGAUGCCUACGGAGUGGGCAGUUACAGGGAGGUCAACCCUGCUCCUUUCACAAUAAUCACUUUCCCAUUCCUGUUUGCUGUGAUGUUUGGGGACCUGGGCCAUGGACUUAUCAUGGCUCUCUUUGCUUUCUGGAUGGUUCUGUACGAGAGCAACCGCAAACUUAAAAACACCAGGAAUGAGAUCUGGAACACAUUCUUUGAGGGGCGUUAUAUCAUCCUGAUGAUGGGCCUGUUCUCCAUCUAUACUGGCCUGAUAUACAAUGACUGUUUCUCAAAGUCCCUAAACAUCUUUGGUUCUGGAUGGAAUGUGACUGCCAUGUUCAGUGCCAAGGUGUGGAGCAAAAAUGAUCUCCAUGGGAAUCGUUUUCUUACUCUGGAUCCAAAUGUAACUGGAGUUUUCACUGGACCGUACCCUCUGGGAAUUGACCCGAUUUGGAACUUGGCAUCCAACCGCCUAACAUUUCUGAACUCCUAUAAAAUGAAGAUGUCAGUGAUAUUGGGCAUCGUACACAUGAGCUUCGGAGUCAUCCUCAGCACUUACAAUCACUUGCACUUUAGGAAAAAGCACAACCUGUACUUGGUAUUUCUCCCUGAGCUCCUGUUCCUGCUGUGUCUGUUUGGCUACCUGGUGUUCAUGAUAUUCUACAAGUGGCUGGUCUUCUCUGCUAAGGACUCCAGACAGGCCCCGAGCAUCCUCAUCCACUUCAUAAACAUGUUCCUCAUGCAGGGUGAUACAGUGCAGCCGCUCUACCCAGGACAGGCUGGCCUGCAGGUAUUUCUGGUGGUCAUUGCUGUUCUCUCAGUGCCUGUCUUACUCCUAGGGAAGCCCAUCUACCUUUAUUGGCUUCACAAUGGAAGCCACCGCCUAGGAUUGUACAGGGGAUAUGAGCGUGUGCGGCGUAGCAGUGAGGAGGAGUUCUACCUGAUGAGGGCUCAUGACAUGGAGGAGGGCAGCAGUCACAGUGAGCUCUCCACUAGCGGAGAGCACCAGACAGAGGAGUUUGACUUUGCAGAUGAGUUCCUGCAUCAGGCCAUCCACACUAUAGAGUAUUGCCUAGGUUGCAUCUCCAACACAGCCUCCUACCUAAGGCUCUGGGCUCUGAGCCUGGCACAUGCCCAGCUGUCAGAGGUACUGUGGGCCAUGGUGAUGCGAGUAGGACUUCGAAUGGACACAGGUCUAGGGGUUCUAUUCCUGGUGCCUGUGUUUGGCCUGUUUGCCGUUCUCACUGUAUCCAUCCUUCUGGUAAUGGAGGGUCUGUCUGCAUUCCUUCAUGCGCUUCGGCUGCACUGGGUGGAGUUUCAGAAUAAGUUCUACAGUGGGACAGGAGUCAAGUUUUGCCCCUUUUCCUUCUCUCUCCUGCCUUCCGCCUUUGAGCAUGAAGGCUUACUGUGAAGGGACUAUCUGGUAAUACUGUUAAAUGGUAAACAGAGCCAAAAGAAGCCAGCAGUGUUCUGUGCUCAUACAGAAAUGUUCCAUACAUUUCAUGAAGUGAUUUUGAUUUUUCUUUUCAUCUUUUAAUAAUUUUUCAUGUAAAAAAAAUUGUAUGAUGAACUUCAAAGACUUUGGAUUGAACGCUGCCCUCCAAACUGUUUCAAGAACAGACAGUGCAGAGUGUAAUGUUGAGAAAUUAAUGUUUUUCUUAUGGCAAAUUUAUGUAACACAGAGUAUUUUGUACCAAGAUCAGUAGGUUUCACUGCAGAACAUUUUGUGAGGUUGAAGUGUGAAUCUCAAAUUUAGAAUGUAACUCGUAUACUUAAAAACAUCAAUUCUUUUGAGGCAUUAUCGGUAACGAUUGUUGAUGUCACUUGUAUGGAGAACCACAUCCCCCAAAUUUAGAAUAAAUAAGUUAAACAUUUAUAUGAUUUUAGUAUGAAAUAACAGUAAUAAGCAAAUGGUUGGCCCCAACGUUUGGCUACACAGACAACACUUGAUAAGAUAAAGUUGUUGCUGUUUUUGGUCUUUUCAUGCAAUAUUACAGAUUAAAUAAGAUAAAAGAUAAAAGAAUGUCCAUCUUUAUCAUCUCUUUUAUGUAUUUAUUUCUGUUUCCUUCCGUUUCUUCACUAUUGUAACUAGUUAUCUUGUCAUUAGUUUUAGCAUAAUUGUGUAUAUUAAUACUGUUAUUUUGACUUUUUUUUUUUUUUUUUCCACUGAGUUUUAGCUUUGGCUGAUCUGGUUUCCAUACACUGGGUAGUGAGCCAGCUUUCAGUUACAUAGUUCUUCUCAUAUUUCUCAAGUUUUUGUUGCACUGACUGCCUUAUUGAAGUACAACCAAAUGACAGCAUACUGUAUUUUUCUUCAGUUUCCCCGUGUAUUCCUACUUUGUGGUACCAAAACACUACAAAGGAUCUUUGACCUUUCAGUAUUGAAAGUGCUUGGCCAGGUGUGGGAUUAGAUGUAUAUACUUUUACAUAAUUAUUUUUUAAAAUUUAUUAUAUUUUAAACUGUUGCAUCAGAAUUAAAGAUGAAUGUUAACGGGAUGUGAUUUUUACUUUUAUGCAUUCACAGUGUUGCCUAUGCUUCCACUUACUGUACAGUUUAACAUUCCAUGCAUAAAAAAGUGAAAUCAUUGAUAUUUCGACCCAGCUCUGCUGGUCAGGAGGCCCUUACUUCGAAAGAUCUAAGAUCUAUAUUCAACACAGUGGCUGGGCUUUAUUAAAUCUUAUUAGGAGGAGAUUGAAUUAUGUACUAAUAUCAGUUGUUAGUAGUAUUUGCUAAUUUUGUGAAUUUGUUAGUAUUGUAUGGAAUUGGUAUUGGGUUUUUUUCCCAAGGGAAGGAGACAUAAUUGUCGUUUUAUUAUUGACAUUUCUGCACUUUUUCAAUGGCAACAAAGUUUGCUACAGUAAGAUACUGUCACAUGUUUCAAAGUCAUGACCUCGCGUAUCAAGUUUUAAAAAUUGAACAAUAUGGUGUCAUAACUUAAUGAUACAAGUGGCAAUCACUGUUUUAUUGGGAUGGAGUAAUGAAUGAUUUGCCAUAAUUAACAAUGAAUGUUUAUGGGUUGGUUGAAAGGGUAUUGUUAUUUCCUUUAAUACAGCCCUUGAGAACCAUCUUUUUUUCAUUAUCAAACACUCCAUGCUCUAGUUCUUUUUUGAAAACCCCAUUUUCAUCAUCAUGUCAAUAAUAAAUUCUAUU